ACACAUCAGAAAGCGUCCAGCCUCAGCUUCCUGCUCUCAUGUUUUGAGCCCGACAGUUCAACAUGUCCACCGGGUCUCUCAGCGAUGUCGACGACGAGCUCCUGGACGGCAUCCUGAAGUUUGGCACCUCCGGGAAAGACUCCAACGAGAGCACGGAGGAGAGCUCCAACUGCGAGGGCACAUGCGCCAACGACGCGCCGGGCAAGAAGAGGAAGACAGCGUCACGGAAAACGGCACCCAAGGGUGUGGCACAGCAGGAGGGCAAACAUGUGCAGAGGAACGCCGCCAACGCCCGGGAGAGAGCCAGGAUGCGAGUCCUGUCCAAAGCCUUCUCCCGGCUGAAGACCACCUUACCCUGGGUACCAGCGGACACCAAGCUCUCCAAACUGGACACUCUGCGCCUGGCGUCCAGCUACAUUGCGCACCUCCGGCAGAUACUGGCCAACGAUAAAUAUGAAAACGGAUAUAUCCACCCCGUGAAUCUGACGUGGCCUUUCAUGGUUGCAAGUAAGCCGGACAACGAUUUGAAGGAGAUGCUGAACACAACGAGGUUAUGUGGAACAACGGCGUCGUGACGAAGCCAAGCGGACACCUGAGUACGUUUUUAAAGGGAAAAAACUGACCAAAAAAAAAAAGAUUGUGACUGAAAUGCACGUCUCAUCUCUGCAGACUUUGAGUGGGAAUACCGUAGAGAGUUUCCUCUCUCCCUCGUUCCCGUAAAGACAAGUUAGAAUUUAUUUAAAUGCAUCAUGUCACCUGUUGUUGUCUUUGCUGGUUCAAAGAUAAACUGCGUGCUUUAAAAUUGCUUUUUUAUACUCUGCAGAUGCAUUUUUCUCAUGCAUUAUGAGGGAUGGAAGUGUCCUCUGUCUCAAAUGGUUGUACAGAUUACAUGUAUAUAAAAAUUUAUUUGUAUCACUUUUA